UGGUUGGGAGAAAAAUAUCUUCAGUUGGCAUAAAAACAAGGCCAGGAUACACAACUUUCCCAAGAAGCUGCUGUUGAUCUCCAAGAUGAAAAUUUCAGUUCGUGUUCGUGGGGAAUGGCUCCAAGUGCCAUGUAAGAAUGGAGAAAUGACUGUGAGAUGGCUUGGGGAGGAGGCUACAAGAAGAUACAAGAAGCUGCAGACACAAGAUGGCGGCUCAGAGAGUGGCGAAAGGGAGAUGGUGCAGGAAGUAAGGAAGACACGUGGUGGGGUGAUCUUGGACCCUGAUGACAGCAUCAGAGAUGUCCUUGAUGAUAAUGAUUUCGUGACAGUGGUGGUUGCAUCUGAACGUUCUGCGUCAACGAUAAUACCAGAUUAUCUGAAACACAUUCUUGAACCAGUUCCUGUAAAAUAUGAGGCACCAGAUGAGCAUCUUUUCUUGGACGGUAACAGUUUAUCGACAAAUGACCUCAGACAGCUCGGUAAAGGCCGCUACAAAAUUAAGUUGACACAUGAAGCUGAGGUAAAAGUGAAUAAGGCAAGAGAUCUUGUUGAGAAAAUUCUGGAAGAGAAAAAGGUUGUUUAUGGAAUAACAACAGGAUUUGGAAAAUUUGCCAGAAUCGUCAUAGACUCCGAUAAACUUGAAGAACUGCAGUAUAACCUCAUCAGGUCCCAUGCAGCAGGAGUUGGGACACCGCUAGAUACUCAGAAAGCACGGAUGCUCCUUGCACUCAGAAUCAACGUGCUGGCAAAAGGACACAGUGGCAUCUCACUCAAAACUCUCUACUGCCUUAUAAAGGCAUUUAAUGCAUCAUGUUUAUCGUGGGUGCCUGAGCAAGGAUCAGUUGGAGCCAGUGGAGAUCUCGCACCAUUGGCACAUCUUGCUCUAGGUCUUCUCGGAGAAGGAAAGAUGUGGAGUCCGGAAACAGGCUGGGGUAAUGCUCAAGAUGUCCUGUCAGCCCAUGGUCUGUCUCCCAUGAGACUUAAUGCCAAGGAAGGAAUAGCACUCAUUAAUGGCACCCAGCUGAUUACAUCACUAGGAGCAGAGGCUGUUGAACGAGCUUUCUACAUUGCACGGCAAGCAGAUGUUGUAGCUGCACUAACACUCGAAGUUCUCAAGGGGACGUCCAGAGCGUUUGAUUCAGAUGUUCAAAUGAUUCGUCCGCACAAGGGGCAGAUUGCAGUAGCUAAACGAUUAAGAGCUCUGCUCCAUUCAGAAACAUACCCAUCACAGAUUGCAGAAAGUCAUCGUUUCUGCAACAGAGUGCAGGAUGCUUACACGCUACGAUGUUGUCCCCAAGUACAUGGCAUUGUUCACGACACUAUUGACUUUGUGCAAGGUAUCAUAACUGUGGAGAUGAACAGUGGCACAGAUAAUCCUAUUGUAUUUGCUGAGCGUGGGGAAAUCAUAUCAGCUGGUAACUUCCACGGAGAAUAUCCAGCAAAAGUGCUUGAUUAUCUUGCUGUGGCUGUCCAUGAGCUAGCUUCAAUGAGUGAAAGACGAACUGAGAGACUAGUAAAUCCUGCACUGAGUGAGCUACCUGCCUUUCUUGUAAAGGACGGCGGUCUUAACUCCGGGUUUAUGUUGGCCCAUUGUACAGCUGCUGCACUAGUGUCUGAGAACAAGGCCUUGUGUCAUCCAGCAUCAGUUGAUUCCCUUAGCACAAGUGCAGGGACAGAGGAUCAUGUCUCCAUGGGCUGUUUUGCUGCAAGGAAAGCUGUACAAGUGGUUCAAAAUGUUGAGAAAGUGAUCGCCAUUGAACUGCUAGCUGCUUGCCAAGCCAUUGAGUUCUUACGCCCACUUAAGACAACGGUUCCUUUGGAGGAAGUGUACAAUGUUGUUCGAAGUGUUGUCAGACCCUGGGACAAGGAUCGCUACAUGGCUCCAGAUAUCGAAGAAGUGACAAACCUCUUGCUGGAAGAAAAGGUCUGGGGAGCUGUUCAACAUCACAUUGCUUACUAUCAUGCUCCAGAGGAGCUGGAAACACGUGUCUUCAGCCCCACUGCUGUCAUGGUUGGAGAGAAGCAAAGAGAACGAGCUAAGUCUGAGGCGCCAUCUAAGAAACGGCGCCUUGAAUGACUUGUAUGGGACCAUCUGUGGCAUGGGAAUGGGAUUAAAACAGAAUAUGUACACUUUAAGAAGAAUAUGGAAUGUAUCUUCACAGAACAUAGUUUUAGUUAUUUUGAAACUGCAACCUUGUUUAAUUACGUAUUAAAAGGAAUAAGAAUCAGAAUAAGAAUAAAUCCAAAUCAAAAGUAUAGAGGAAAUAAUAACUAAAUACUUAUUCAAGAAUCAUUUGUGGUCAUGCCAGUAAUAAAUUUAGUUUUAUUAGCAUAUGGAAUGAGUUUGAAGUUGUAAUGAUUAAAGUCAAGUUUUGAUAAAUGGUGUUGAUCUUUUAUAUUUUAUAUUUAUAUUACUAAAAGAAUCUGGCAUUUUUUGUGUUCCUGUAAGGAGAAUAACAAGAUCCAGUAAAAUGUAUGAGGAACCAUA